UCAAGCGAGAGAAUCUUCUCACGCUUGGUUUCAGCGUUGUCGUCUUCGCAAUUGGCCGCGCGACUCCUGAAUUUUGUUCUGUUUUGACCGAGGGAGAAAUGAACCACUGUUUCGUAUGAAGCCAUGGCUGUGCCGAUGGCUGCUGACCUGUUCCGGUAGCGUCAUUGCUCGCAGACUUUUUUCGGGGAAGAAGAAUUCGGUGCAGGAAGUCGCGGGGUUGCGGGCGGGGUUUUUGUUUCUGGCGUCGGAGAGGUGGGCAUGGCAUGAGAGAGAGCAGGUGGUGAAGAGUCGUGGAGCUUUCGAAAUAAGCCGCAGGUUCUGUGUGUCGAGUUUUCAGGGAUUGGGGGGAAGUGCGGGCGGAGCGGGAGUUUGUGAGAGGGAGAUGGCAGGGGGGGAAGAUGGCGAGGGGAAUGGCGCUGGGACGAAGAAUCAGCAGCAGCAGCAUCGACCGGGAAAGAAAAAGGGCGGGCCUCCUCCUAUGAAUCAAGCGGAACCAACCAUUUUGCGAGAAGGAGAGGCGGAUAUUUUGUUGCACGGGAAUGACGUAUUUUACAACAAAGCGCAGGUAGUGAACAGGGACAUGUCCAUAGCCGUCUUACGAGUAUUUGCGGCAAAGCGUCAAGAAGAGCAUGAAGAAAGUUUGUUGAAAAAGGCUUCGCGGAAGAAGGACUCAAAAUCGGCGAAUGGCAAGGUGAACGGGCAUGACCAAGAACAGGGCGCUUCCGUGGCUGAAGGAGAUAUCACAAAUUCUGUUCCCUCGUCAACCGAAGCUAAAGCUGAGGAUUCACCUUUAGAAUCUGAAGAGAAUUCAGAAAUUAGCCCAUCUGUGCAGACACAGGAAUCAGUAGCUCCUGUUGAAUCAGCUGAGGAAUCCAAAAUUGCCAAACCUCUACGCGUUCUUGAGGCUUUAGCAGCUUCAGGGUUGAGGGCACUUCGGUAUGCGAAAGAAGUUGAGCAAGUUGGCUCAGUGGUGGCUUGUGAUAACGAUAAGGUUGCAGUCGAGGCCUGUGAACGCAACAUUCGACUGAACGGAAAGAUUGCCUUGGCAAAGGUGACUGCGAAUCAUGCUGAUUCACGUAUAUACAUGCUCUCUCACGAGAAGGAGUUUGACGUGGUUGAUCUGGAUCCUUAUGGUUCACCGUCAAUAUUCUUGGACUCGGCUGUGCAAUCUAUAUCCGAGGGGGGUCUUCUAUCAUGCACUGCUACUGAUAUGGCUGUGCUUUGUGGAAAUAAUGGCGAAGUUUGCUACUCCAAAUAUGGAGCAUAUCCCUUGCGAGGCAAAUACUGCCAUGAAAUGGCCCUCCGAAUCUUGCUAGCUAGCAUUGAGGCUCACGCAAAUCGUUACAAGCGACACAUAGUACCUGUUCUUUCACUUUCAGUGGAUUUCUACGUGCGAGUGUUUGUUCGCAUUUACACAUCAGCAAGUGCGAUUAAGGAAUCGCCAAGCAAGCUUUCGUAUGUGUACCAGUGCGUCGGUUGUGAUUCCUUCCAUUUGCAACCUGUGGGAAGGGUUGCGACAAGGCAAGGUAGCACACGUUACUUGCCUGGAACAGGCCCAGUAAUUUCUCCAGAUUGUAAGCAGUGUGGGAAACACCAUAAUUUUGGAGGUCCAAUCUGGUCCAAUCCUAUUCACGAUCCAGACUGGGUAGAUUCCAUGCUUAAACAAGCUACAUCUAUGAAGAGUCGUUAUCCAGCUUAUAACAAAAUCCACAGCAUUCUCACGGGUGUAUCUGAGGAGAUAAAUGACGUGCCACUCUACGUGAGUCUGCAUUCCAUGAGUGCUACACUCAAGUGCACUCCCCCUUCGGCAACUCUCUUUCGAUCUGCAGUUGUUAAUGCUGGGUACCGCAUAUCAGGCACUCAUGCUAAUCCAUUGGGACUAAAGACAGAUGCUCCUAUGGAAAUCCUCUGGGACAUCAUGCGUUGUUGGGUCAAGGAUCACCCAGUCAAGGAGACCCAAGGAGACACCCCAGGAAAAGUGAUUUUGAGCCAAGAACCUGAAAUAGAAGCGAACUUCAAGAAGGUGCAAUCCGCCACAAGUAAGGCUUUAAAUUCCGGUGUGGCCCGGUUCCUGCCCAAUCCUGAGGAGUUUUGGGGCCCCAAACCUAGAGCAGGGCGUCAUCUUACCAGCAAACACAUAGCCUCCCAUGGUGCAGCUUUUGUGAAUGGAACCCUUCGUGCUAAAGGCAAAGACCCCAUUGAAGCUCCAGCUGCUGCUGCUGCUUCUAGGGAGGCUCCUGAUGCAAAGCGUCAAAAGGUUUAAAAGUGAUCACUUGCAGAAUUAGCAGUAUUUAAUUUGGAUGGUAGUGGAGGACUCGAAUACAGUGAAUUUAUUUCUAUCUUUCAGUUUUAGGUGUUGCCUCACCUAUUUACUGAUAGGAAUGGGCAUUAGUAGAUCACGUCAUUAGUUUUGACCAACUCAGUGACUUCCCCACCUAAAUCUCAAUUUAACCUUAGCGCAUACACGUCAUUUAUAUACAAGGGGUUGUUUUCAUUUUGGAUUCAUCAAGACGUAUCUGCUAAGCAAGUUAUCGUCUGUCUAAAUGGCAGCGCAUGCAGUUUAGAAUCCAACUUCUUGUUUUGACCUACAUUAUUUACAAUUUUGUUUAUGUAGACAUUGAUGAUGAGAAAUUCAGUACUUGGACAGACAUUUGCUGCU